AUGCGUCUCUCCCUCCUCGCCACCGCGGCCUCAGCCGCCGCCGCCCUCAUCGCAGAAACCCCCUCCCACAGCACGCCCAACACCCGCAGCAUCGCCGCGAACACGACCCUCCCCGUAACCUUUGGCGCAGUCCUCUUCCAGGCAAUGGAAAUGCUAGACCUCAUCGGCCCCAUCGACGCCCUCCAGCUCGUGGCCUACAACCGACACGUGAACCUCCACCUCAUCGCCGCCACCCUCGACCCCGUCACCACGGCGCCCGUGUCCCCGACUUCCAACACCUACAACUCGUCCUGGUGGCCGACGUUCCAGCCCACCGACACCUUUGACGACGACCUGGACCUCGACGUGCUCAUCCUGCCCGGCGGACCGGGCGUGCGCGCCCCCGGGCUGGAGCCGAUCGUCGAGUACGUGAGGAAGCACGCGCCCAGGGUCAAGUAUCUCGUCACGAUUUGCACGGGGGCCAGUCUCGCUGCUAGGGCGGGCGCGCUGGACGGCAGGAGGGUUACGACGAACAAAGCGGCUUGGGGGUUGAUUACUGCGCAGGCGCCGCUGGCCAAGUGGGUUUCGCCGGCGAGGUAUGUUGUUGAUGGGAACGUCUGGACUUCUUCGGGUGUUACAUCUGGCCUGGACUUGAUUAUGGAGUUCAUCAAGCAGGUGUAUGGCGAGGAGUUGUCAACCAAGGUUGCCACAAUCAUGGAGUUUGUCCCCCAUGCUGCUGACUGGGAUCCAUUUGCGGAAAUCAACGGCGUCGCACCGACGUACAAUUGA